UCUGGUCUGGAUUCAGAGCAGGUUGAACAUGUGGUCUGAGGUCCUGUUGGUGCUCGUAGCUCUGGGGCCCGGAGUCUGGAGUCUGCCGGCCUCAAAACUCUCCAAAAGCACAGGUUCCAGCACUUCAAGGCACAAGCUCCUCCUGGUCUCGUUUGACGGGUUCCGGUGGGAUUAUGACCAGGAUGUGGACACUCCAGAGCUGGAUCUGAUCAGCCUCAGAGGAGUCAAAGCCAAAUACAUCACUCCUCCCAUGCUCACCAUGACCUCCCCCUCACACUUUACCACCAUCACAGGCCGCUGGGUGGAGGACCAUGAGGUGGUCCAUAACAUGAUGUUUGACCAGAAGACAAACCUGAAGAUCCCUCACAAACAGACCCUCAGGAGGUCCGAGUGGUGGGACACAGGAGCUACUCCACUGUGGAUCACGGCCCAGAACCAGGGUCUGAAGGUGGGCUCCUUCCACUUCCCUGGAGGCGGGGCUAACUACAGUGGUCAGCCCGUUGGACGCCACGUGUUUGAGAUUCCCGGUUUCCCCGAUGACAAUGAGACGGAGUGGCGUCAGAACAUGGACACGGUCCUAGACUGGUUCUCAGAGGAGGACUUUGACUUUGUGACACUUUACUUUGGUGAGCCGGACAACGUGGGCCACGCACGUGGCCCAGACACCCCCCAACGCAAAGCCAUCAUCAGACAGAUUGAUCACGCUCUUGGGUACCUGCGCCAUGGCAUCGAGAUGCGAAAUCUCACCCACAACCUCAACGUCAUCAUCACCUCGGACCAUGGCAUGACCACAGUCAAGAAGCGCCCCCUGGUGGAUGAGAUCGUGCUGAACAAUUACCUGCCCCUGCUUCAGCUCAACAGCUUUGAGAUCCUGGACUAUGGUGGCUUUGGGAUCCUGACACCAAAACCCGGGAAGGAGCCACAAGUCCUGGAGGCGCUCGCCAAAGUCCCAAAUAUCACAGCCUACGCCAAGAACCAGAUCCCAAAGAGCUUCCACCUCGGGAAGAGCAAACGCAUGCCGCCUGUGGUCAUACAGGCCGACCUUGGAUUCAACCUCAACUCACGCUUCAUCGUGUACGUGAACAAGGGUGACCAUGGUUACCACAGCGGAGAGAUGGACAUGAAAACCAUCUUCAGGGCAUUUGGGCCAGACUUCAGACAGAAUGUGGUGUCGGAGCCGUUUGACAGUAUCCACCUGUACCCCCUCAUGUGCAACCUCCUCAGGAUCACUCCGGCCCCUCACAACGGCUCAGCACAGGUCACCAUGGAACUGCUGAUCCAAGACAAGGAUGGCUCGUCGGCUGUUGCCUCGUCCGUGGUUCUGCUCAUGUCUCUUCUUCUUUUGUUUUUGUGACAAACCAAAACCAUGCCACAUUUGUUUGUUUAUUUGUUUUUGCCCUGUGUCAAAUUAUUUAAAACAUGAAUAAAUUAUAAUGAUGUCACCAGUUCUGCUCCUGUCAGUGAACACCCAAUAAAAACAGAGUGGGGGCGGGUCGGCCG